AUGCAAGCCGCCUGGACGCAACUAUUCCCACCCAAGCCUACUUUCACCGAAGACAAUGUUUCCUCAUUAGAAGGCAGGGUGUUUAUGGUAACUGGUGGCACUAAUGGGGUCGGCUUAGAGUUGGUCAAUAUGCUCUACUCCAAAGGAGGCACAGUCUAUCUCCCAGCCCGAUCCGCCACCAAAGCACAAAAGACUAUCGAGACCAUCAAGGCAGCAUACCCAGAGAGCACUGGAAAUCUCAAGACUCUGCAUAUUGAUCUCAAUGAUCUUGCCUCCGUGGCAGCCUGCGCAUCAGCCUUCCUUGCGCAGGAGACUCGUCUCGACGUUUUAUGGAAUAAUGCGGGUAUUAGCGCCGCACCAUCACACGAAGUUACUGCCAAUGGAUACGAGCCUCAGAUGGGAAUAAACUGCUUGGCACCCUUUCUCCUCACCAAACUCCUGCUCCCCAUGCUGAAGCAAACAGCCAGAAGUAACCCUGGUCCCUCGACACGAGUCAUCUUCACGGGCUCAGGUGUAAUGGACAUGAUGGCCCCUCCUGGCGGUAUCUCGCUGGCUGAGCUUACUCCCGGCAAACAAUCCAAAGACCCAACACAUAACUACACCAUUUCAAAAACAGCAAACUGGUUCCUCGCUUCCGAAUUCGACAGACGUGUGCGCUCAGAUGGUAUUAUUUGCAUUUGCCAGAACCCAGGAAAUCUAUCGACCAAUAUCUGGGACCGCGUGCCUUGGCAUCUCAGGGUUCCGAAUAAAGUCUUUCUGCAUCCACCUAAGAGAGGAGCGUAUUCGGAGCUCUGGGCUGGUGUGAGCACAGAGAUUAAGCUUGAGGAUGGUGGUAGGUAUGGUAUUCCUUGGGGAAGAUGGCAUCCGAGCCCGAGGAAGGAUCUUGUCCAGAGCUUGAAGACCAAAGAGGAUGGCGGUAGUGGGAUUGCGGCUGACUUUUGGGAUUGGUGUGAUCAACAGACCAAGGACUCUAUAUAA